AUGGUUCAAGAGGAGUCAUUCGCUAAUGAAAUGAGCCAACUCAGAAAAAGAGAUCAUGAAACACCUUCAAUAGUUAAAAAGGACAGUCAACUUCACAAACUUGACCCAACCUUGGAUGAAGAGGGGAUAUUGAGAGUCGGAGGAAGACUGAAACAAUCCUCAAUUGAGUAUGGCGUGAAACACCCGAUGAUUCUUCCACGGGCAAGCCAUAUCACAACCCUGGUCAUUGGGCAUCAUCAUGAGAGAGUUGCACACCAAGGCAGAGGAUUGACGAUGAAUCAGAUCCGUAGCUCUGGAAUAUGGAUUCUUAGUUGCAGCUCAGCAGUAGGAUCUCACAUUUACAAAUGUGUGACCUGCAGGCGUCUCCGUGGUAGACCCCAAGAGCAGAAGAUGUCAAACCUCCCAGAAGAUAGAACAGAAGCAUCUCCCCCAUUCACAUACUGUGGCGCAGACUGUUUUGGACCCUUUUAUGUCAAAGAUAACCGGAAAGAAGUCAAACGCUACGGCGUAAUAUUCACGUGUCUGGCGCUAAGGGCAGUACACAUUGAGGUACUUGACGACAUGAGCACCGACGCAUUUAUUAACGGUCUGCGGUGUCUUAUCGCUAUUAGAGGCACGGUCCGGAAAAUUAGAUGCGACCAAGGGUCGAAUUUCAUUGGGGCAAAGCAUGAACUAAAACUUGCCCUAAAUGAGCUGGACGCUGAUAUGAUCCGUGCAUAUUUGUUGCAGCAUAGCUGCGAGUUUGAUAUGAACCCACCAGCAGCCAGCCAUAUGGGCGGCAUUUGGGAGAGAAUGAUCCGAAGCACUCGAAGUAUUCUCAACGGACUCCUUGACCAGUCAAAGUGCCAACUCAACACGUCAUCAUUACGGACAUUCUUAUAUGAAUCAAUGGCAAUCAUUAACAGUAGGCCGUUAACAGUGGACAACUUAGGAGACCCAAACUCCCCACUGCCACUGUCGCCUAACAACAUACUGACCAUGAAAUCUUCAGUAAUAGCGCCACCACCUGGAGAAUUCGUCAAAGAAGAUAUCUACGCAAGAAAAAGAUGGAGAAGAGUUCAAUGGCUAUCGAAACAGUUUUGGGAAAGAUGGAGAAAUGAGUAUCUACUCAACCUGCAAGCCCGACAGAAAUGGCAGGGAGAGAGGAGGAACAUUGAAGUAGGAGAUGUCGUCCUCCUUAAAGAUCAAGCCCUCUCUCGGUGUGAUUGGCACAUGGCCAUUGUCGAGGACGUCUCCAAAGGAAAUGACGGUCUUGCACGUAAGACAAAGAUUCGCCUCGCAAACACACGCUUGGACAAGAAAGGUAAGCCACUGCAUAAGGCAACUGUGUUGGAGAGACCUAUACAUAAACUUGUUGUUUUGGUGGAAAACAACAAGACGCCAUAG